UGUCCCCUUAAACACACCCCUCGCCCUUCAACUGGUGACGCCCUUUGCUCUGCCCCAGUGAUAUUUGUGAGCAGAGUGGAGCUAAAUUUAGCCGUGACAGUACCACUCCUCAUCACAACAUGCUCUGCAGACCGCAGUGGGUUACAAUGGACAGUGUCGCGUUACCACAGAUGCUGCUGUAUCUCACCGGUGUCGCCAGCCAAACAAGAUGUAGACUUAAAGACUCUUGCACUUGUAUUCCUCUCUGUCACGAUGGGCAGCUAUAGCUCAGCCCUCAUUCCUGUCACGGAAGAGUUUGAUUCAGUUGUGUCAAUUGUGGAGCGGCUGAAUGAGCAGGUAACGCUCAUGAUGGAGGAGGAAAGAAAACAAAAGGAGAGCGCAGAGCUGGAUUCUUUAACACUUGAAGAAACCUCUCAGGGAGUGAGCCAAAAUGGGCCUGUCCUGUCUGCAGCAGCACCCAAAAUUGAGCCCACGCAGUCCUUCAUCUCCCUGUUACCAAAGGCUCUCUCUGCUGUACUACAUCCAACACUGGCCCCGGGCCUCCGCUCCAACCCGAGGAGAAAUCCACCGAACCUGGAACAACUGCAGACCGAGCUGAGAGACCUGAGGGACCAGUUUGAACUGAUGAAGAGUCAGCACAACAAAGAAAUUAAACUGCUGAUGAACGAGCUCGAUGAGGAGAAAAGGAUCCGCUUAACUUUACAGAUGGAGAUGCAACGCAUGAAGAAGCACAUGUCUAAAUAAGUGUACUGGAGAACUUCACCAUCAUCAAAGACAAGUUUUAAAGGUCCUGUUGUACACUUAUCCGAUAAAUUAUAUUUUUUAAGUUAAAGAAUUUCCUCCUCGCUCCUUUUUGAUGAAAAAUGAUUGUAUUUUUUGGAAAGAUAUUUCUCGUGUGGUAAUUUUAUUUGCUUUUUUUGUGGGGCUGAUGAUGAGGACUGAAUGUCUUUACUGAGUAAUUGCUGAAAGUGCAAAGGUGAUGCACAGAGGAGUAUCUGAAGUGAGUGCAUGGCCCUGAUAUACAUUCAAUUUGUUUUAUAUGUUUCUGUAAAUGGACUAUUAAUGACUUUGUACUAAAGGGUCUUGAGGUUUCCAUGAAGAGAAAAACGUGUUUUCUGUUUCCCAUGACUGUUGGCUAGAAUGUGUGUUGGAGAUCAUCGCUGUUUAGUUGCUUUCAAUACGUUUUCCUUUAUCAAACCAUGUGGGAAACGAGAGCCAGCAGGUAAUCAGCUAUCAUUAGUUUAUAAUUAUGUGAUGGAGGCACAGACAUGAAGCUUCUAUAGUAAUUUAGGUGCAUAUAGUUUUAAAUGUUUUAACUUUUAAUCGUACAAAAAAUGGACCGACUAAGCUGUCAGUGAAUUCAUCAAUUGUUUAAGUAGCAUUCAUUAAAGAUGUUGCCCAUUA